ACCAAAACAUUUUCUCCUUUAAAUUUAAAUUUAUUCCCAAAAGGUUGUAAUUCAUGGAGAAAAAGGAAAUAGUUUCUCAAAUGAAAAAAAAAACUGAAGAAACUUCUAAUUACAGCUUCUGAGAGAAAGAUUCCAGGAACACAUGAAUUACUAAGUGCGUUGACAUUGGUUUAACACAAGGAGUUGGAUUUAUUUUCGAAUAUGUGGUCGGCAGCUACUAAUCUUAGGAUUUUUUUGCUGAGUCUCCGUUUAUGUACAAGUUAAAUUAAAGAUGAAAAUGAUACGCUCUUAAUUAAUCAAAUCAUCCAAUCUAAGUCUUGUAAUAUGACUAAAACCUAUGUACUAGCAUCUUUAUAGUUAAGUAGUAGUACAAUGUUAUUAAUAUUUUCUUAGAAGAGAUACCAAUAGUUUAAUGGUAAUAACCUCAUUGCUUGAAUGAAUAUAAAUAUAGCAUAGUUGCACUGCACACCUUUCUUGAUGAUUGUAUGUCCUAUAAAUCAGGUCAGAACAGUGUAAGCAGUAUGCAAACCCGUGUGACCACAAGAUCUGACAGAUGCUCGAGUCAUCCAGCGAUAACAUUACACCUGGCAUUGUGCACUACGAUGACUCCGUGGCUAUGAAAAAAGGAAAAUAAAAACGUGCAAGCUCAACUCUUUUAAAGAUAAUAUUUUAUUUCCUUUUAUGUCAUGUGUUUCAAAAAAAAAUAGUAGUAGUACGUCUCUUUUUCUCUCUCAUGUAAUUUCUACUAUAUAAUAAGAGCAUCUCUAUAUACUAUUGUAUAACCUGUCCGAGAGAGAAUAAAAGAACACCCAUUGUUCGUAUUUAAGAAAUCCCAUAUAUAAUGAUAACUCCUCGUCAAAAGAGUGUCUCAGUGAGUACAAUCUUCAAGUGUCUUUUGGUUUUGAUCAAACGUUCUAUCCAGUUCUCUUUUCUUGCUCUUUUCUAAUGAUAAAAUCUCCUUUCUGGUUAAUUUCACUUAAGUAAAAAAUGAAUUAAAGAGUAUUUCUUACUUUCAUAGGUCUCUAGCUAGAGUUUCUAUUAGGUUUUAUAUUAAUAAAUAAAUAAAGUCAAGACUCAAGAAGAAGAACUAGAUAUGGUGAGAACACCAUGUUGCAAAGAAGAAGGAAUAAAGAAAGGAGCUUGGACUCCUGAAGAAGAUCAAAAGCUUAUUGCUUAUCUUCAACUACAUGGUGAAGGUGGAUGGCGUACUCUCCCGGAGAAAGCUGGAUUGAAGAGAUGUGGGAAGAGUUGUAGACUGAGAUGGGCUAAUUAUCUAAGACCCGACAUCAAGAGAGGAGAGUUUACUCCCGAAGAAGACGACGCUAUUAUCAAGCUUCAUGCUCUUAUGGGUAACAAGUGGGCCGCAAUUGCAAAUAGCUUGGCGGGACGAACUGACAAUGACAUUAAAAAUUAUUGGAACACAAACCUCAAGAAGCGUUUAAAACAAAAAGGUCUUGAUCCAAUCACUUACAAACCGAACAAUCCAACCGGUUUCGAACCAGCAAACCAUAAACUCGGUUCAUCCGGUUCCGCAAGGCUUCUUAACCGGGUCGCAAAGAAAUACGCGGUCGACGUAAACCGGGAUCUACUAACCGGGAUAAUCAUCGGAAACUCCACAAUCAUCGCUGACGAUUCACAAAACUCAAGCGAUACUGAACAUUCAACGUCCACACUGCUCAAAACGGUGGCAAAACCAAGUGUUCCGGCGACUUCUCCCGGUUCUUUCUCCGAUGAUCUUGACGUAUUCUUUAGCAACGAAGAGAUCUCUGAUAUGUAUAUGAAUGUGGAUAAUGUUGGCCUUAUGGAAGAGUUAAAGGGUAUUUUAAGCUACGCCGGAGAUAUUAAAGAUUCGCCGGAGUAUAACGUAAGUGAUGAGAUGGAGUUUCUUGAUUCUUGGAACGAAGAAGAUGGUUUGGACUUGGAGAAUUGUUCGUAGGUUCGUUAGGUUCCAAGACUGGUGUCUUUGUUUGACGAGUGACGCGUCGAAAAUAAAAUCAACUACACGUUGGUUUUUUCUUUAAUCGAUCGUUCUAGUGUCGAUCGUCACGUGGAGAAAAUAGUGAGGUGUUGUAAUAAAUUUAAUAAUAACCGUGCGUUUAUCGUAAUUAUUCAAUAAAGAUGGUUUACUACUUAAA